GAUUCUUAAACAGUACUAAAGAAAGGAAGACAUAGAUGACCAAGAAGAACAGGAAACCACUGUAGAUCGACAACAGGGACACCUGCAGGACAAAAAAGAUGGAUGCAAACAAAGUAUGGCAGUGGCGCAUUAUGCAUGUUAAGAAGUAUUCAAGAUGUCCUCAACCAUUCUAUCGUAGCAAUAGAAUAGGAUUGGAUUUUAACGUAGCAUCCAGCACACAGAAAAAAAUACACUUACCAUUAGUGACAAACGCUGUCAUGCUUGAGGUCUGUGACUUUGCUAAAACAGUAAACAAGGGUAAAAGGCAUUUUCUGACAAACAUUCUAGAGAACAAUUUUGAUCUUGGUUUGGAAAAUGAGCAACAGCGAAUUGAUUUUACGACUCAAAUUCAUUACAAAGUUAAAGAGCUGAUCAGGAAACCUCCUGAGGAUAGAAGUGAAGUUUUCACUCUGUUUGACACAUCUAAGCCAGAAUGCAACUGCAACAAUGGACUGACCAAAGCAUCUACAGAGCGCAAGACUGAAAGGUUCCCAAUGGAGAUGGAUGACACUGUCAAUAAACAAGAAGACGAAUUCAAGUGUUUGCAAGAAACAUCCAAAGAAAGCAUAAAGGCAGAAAGUCUCUCAGAAGAGGUGGACUAUACUGAUGAUAGUGAACAAGAAGAUGACUUCAUCUUUUCACAAGAACGACAGUCAGCAGAAGAUCUGAAGGAUGAUUUUCUUAUCUCUGCGUUCCCCUAUUGCAAAGAAAUUGGUCUGAACUUUGAUGUGGGGUCAAAACAAAGACUAGAUCCAGAUUUGUUAACAAAGGGCGUGAUGUUAGAAUUGGAACAUGUCACCAGAAUACUGACUGCAUCCUUCAGCCCUAUUGUUCUUGGUGUGUUGGAGCACAAUUUGGAUGUUGAUCUCAAAAGUCAACGAAGAAGAAAUCGAAUUUGGUUCAAGAUAUCACAACUGUUGAGAAGAAGUAAUCGACUUGCUGCUCCUGGAAGGAAAAUAAGCCCGGAGUUUAAAAAUGAGCCAUCUUCCCUCCAGACAAAUCCAUUCAAAAGUACCGACGGUUUAACAUCUUCCAAUAUGGAAGCCCUGCAGUAUCACUUAAAGGAGGUGACAAAAACAAGGCAGUCUGAAUUAAAAAGUAAACAAAAACAGAGGGCUCUUUUAAGAACAAGUGAAAGUGAAAACAAAAGGCACAAAAUAGGGCACUUUGAAGACAUAGAGACAGACUCACUUUGUCAUCACACUAAUUUGUGUACCAGUGGAAAAGCACAGGGAGAUAAUUGUCACACAUUCCCAAUGGGAGAGUCUAAUGGAGACUCAGAUGAAGUCACAAAUCCAAUAAACAUUGGCAGUCAGAAUCACUUACAAAGCCCAAAAAGGUUUUCUUUGUGCUCUGAUAUUGCUAGGAAAUCAGAGUCAAGUUAUUUGGGUUUUUGUGCACCUUUACCUUCCCCAACUGACAUGUCAUCCAAUGUGCCAAUGAUAACAUCAAGUGUGAACCCACCAUUUGCAAGUCAGCCUGGUGAAGGAGGGCUUUGUGAAGGUGAAGAGCAAACACAGACUCCAAGUAAUACACCAGACAAAUGUGACUUCGGAGAGAAUACUGAAACAGAGAUCAUGUGGAAGUUGCGUGCUAACCGUGUAGAACAAAUCCUCUCCUCACCAAACAAAGAAUUUUAUUCAUUCUUCAGGUCCAAGAAAGCUGGUCUUGAAUACAAUGUUGGAUUUGGCCCAAAGCAAUACAUCCGUUUUGAGUCUGUAUCUAGUUUUUUACUGAUUGACAUUGCUAAAUUUGCCUUAGCAAUGAAUUCAUCCCAGCAGGAUUUUAUCAUGGAGAUUCUUGAGUACAACUUUGACUUUGGCCUGCUGGGUCAACAACAGAGGAAUCUUUUCACAUGUGAAAUUAUGAACAGAGUCAGAAAGCUGCAACAUUGUGAAGAUGCAGUGAAAUUCUCGAAAGAAGUUUUUCAACUUCCUGAUCCCAUGUCGUUCAUAAAUAUGGCAAAUCAGAGCUUGGGCAGUGUCAACCCUGAGCUCAGCAGUACAUCAAGAAAUGAAUGUGAUGUUGCUCCUGUGUGUCCUUCUCAUUCACAUCCUGAAACCAAAGACCAUAAUUUACAGAAGAUUGUGGAUCUUUAUCCCUUCUGCAAGGAAAUGGAUCUGAAACUACAUAUAAACAAUUGUCAACCAAACAAAAAGCUGAAUAUCAACAAACUGACCAAUGGUGCAAUGACUGAAGUGAUAUACUUUGCAGAGAAGUUGUGCGGAACAUUUGAGCAAACAUGCCUUGACAUUGUCAGACACAACUUUGAUUGUGAUUUGCAUAUUAAAGAUUCUGACCUUGCAAGAAACAUUGUUGCACUAAUCCCUGCUGUUCUGGAGCAAAAUAAUUUGUCAUGUAAGUUAUAUCAUGACAGAAAAAUAAAGCACACAGGAAAAGAUCCCUCCACAAUGGUUAAACUGCGAUACCAGGACAGCCCAAAUUUAGAGUCAUGUAUUGAUGCUCCGUUAGAGGUUGCAAUCACAGACCAAAACGAAGACAGUUCCGCUGACUUAGAACAGCAAGAUGAGCGCAGUUUAGCACUUUGGAAAUUGCGGGUCAAUCAUAUUCAGCAAAUCCUCUCGAUACCUCAUGAAGAACACUGCCCAUUUUAUUCUUACUCCAGAUGCAAGAAAUUGGGCAUUGAUUUUAAUGUAGGGUCUGGAGUUAAACAAAACCUUCAUCCCAAAUUACUGACAAAUGGCAUCAUGGUUGAAUUGAACACUUUUUCCACGGCAUUGCUAUCAUCACAAAGGUAUUUCAUCACAGAGAUACUGGAGUAUAAUUUUAAUCUUAAUUUCAACAGUGAGCUGCAUCGCAGUUCUUUUGCAACAAAAACUUGGGAGUUCGUUACCAGUAAAAUAAAUUAUAAAAGAUACAGUGUAACUCGACCGAAAAAGGUUUUCAAACUCCCUGACUUAGGGCACAUACAAGAAUCUACCAGAUAUUGUGCCAGAUGCUAUCAAUUCAGAAAUCACAAGCUUUGUCAGGAUGAAUCUGACAGUGACAUGCAUCAUCCUCAACCACCUACCAUGACUGGCAUGACUGGAACAGUCUCUGCUGAUGCAACCUGCACAGCUCAAAAGCUUGCAAAAUAUCUGUCCUCUACCCAUUCAUCAACAGAGGAAACAAUCAUGGAUAGUUACCCUUGCUGCAAGAAAAUAGGUUUAAAUCUGUGUGUGGACAAAGACCAGCCAAAAGAUAAAAUUGGCUUGCAUUUGUUGACAUAUGAGAUUAUGGAUGAAGUAGUUAGUUUUGCCAAAAAAUUGUGUGGGACAAGAUUUAAAAUCAUUAAUGAUGUCCUUGAUCACAACUUCAAAAUUUGCAUGCGGAGGCGAAAUGUAGAUCCUGCCAUGGUGUUUCUUCAAGUAGCGAAAAAAAAUGCUGUCAAUCUGGCCUGGUUAAAUGAAGUCUAUUCAAUACAACCAGUUCCUCACAAACAACUUAGAUAUGCAACAGAUGUGCCACAGGCGACAUCUCUUCGAAGGAGUAAAUUGAAAGAAGCUUUCACAAAAAGAAAGCUGGCACUACAAACAAAGAAAAGAGCCACAGAGCAAAAGGAAAUGGGAAUAGAGAGCAACUACACAUGUCCUUUAGAGUCUGACCUAGACUCCAGUGACAUCUCAGACUCAGAAGGUGAAGACCAAGAACCAACUCCAAGAAAUGUACCAAAUAAGUGUGACAUGGGGCAAGAUCAAGUGGGAACAGAAAACAACUUGUGGAAGUUGCGUGCUAAUCGUGUAAAACAAAUCCUCUCCUCACCAAACAAAGAGUUUGGUCCUUUUUGGUGGUCCAAGAAAUUUGGCCUUGAAUUUAAUGUUGGAUUUGGUCCGAAGAAAAACAUCAGCGUUGACUCUUUGCGUAGCUUUGUUCUGAUCGAAAUUGCUAAAUUUGCCUUAGCAAUGAAUUCAUCCCAGCAGGAUUUCAUUAUGGAGAUUCUUGAGUACAACUUUGACUUUGGCAUGCAGAGUCAGCACCAGAGGAAUCUUAUCACGUGUGAAAUUAUGGAUAGGGUACAAAAGCUGAAAGAUUGUGAAGACGCAGUCAAAUUCUCAAAACAGGUUUUUCAACUUUCUGAUCGAAUGCCAUCAAUAAAUAUGACAAAUCAGAGCUUGGGCAGUGUCCAUCUUGAAAUUGGCAGUGCACCGAGAAUGGCGAAGGGUGAUGUUGGUCCAGUGUGUUGUUCUGAUUCACAUGCUGAAACCAAAGAUCAUAUGUUAAAGACGACUGUGGAUCUCUAUCCCUUCUGCAAGGAAAUAGGUCUGAAGCUACAAGUUAACGAACAUCACCAAAACAAAACACUGGACAUCAACACACUGACCAACGGAGCAAUGACUGAAGUGAUAAACUUUGCAGAAAAGUUGUGUGGAACAUUUGAGCAGAUUUGUCUUGACAUCCUCAGACACAAUUUAGAUCUUGAUUUGCAAAGUGACAAUCCAGACCUUGCCAGUAGUAUUGUUGCACAAAUUCCUGCUGUUACUGGGCAAAGGCAUCUGUCACUUUGGGUAAAAACACACCAGAAAAUAAAGGGCACAGGAAAAGCAAAACCGAAAGAGGAUUGCCAGAAUCACCAAGCUUUAAAUACAUGCAGCGUUCAGUCUUCCCAGGCUGCAGUCAUGGAUGAACACCAAAACAAGCUCAACUUAUUUCUGUGGAAACUGCGGGCCAAUCUCAUUCAGCAAAUUCUUUCAAUACCUCAUGAAGAAUGUUGCCAACUUUAUUGUUACUCCAGGUGCAAAAAAUUGGGCAUUGAUUUUAAUGUAGCAUCUGGUGUAAAGCAAAAUCUGGAUCCAAAAUUACUGACAAAUGGCAUCAUGGUUGAAUUAAACACUUUUGCCACAGAACUGCUGUCAGCCCAGAAAUAUUUUAUUGCGGAGAUACUGGAGUAUAAUUUCCAUCUUGGUCUUAGGAAUGAGCUGUAUCACACUGCCUUUGCACAGCAAAUUUUUGACAAAGUCAGAAUGCUUGAGCAUAUAAGGAACAGGGCUCUUCAAAUGAAUAUGCAGUUUGAACUCCCUGACAUCCAAGAACCUACUCAUGACAGACUUACAUAUUGCCCAAAAUGCUACCAAGACAGAAAUGAAAAGGUUUGUCAGGAUGAAUCUGACUCUGGGCAAAUGCAUCGUGCUGGGCCACAUAAUGUGACUGACACAGUUACUAGUGAUGCAACCUGUGCAGAACAAAAGCCUCCCAUUGCUUUCUCAGCAAUAGAGAAGACAAUAAUGGACAGCUACCCACGCUGCAAAGAAAUUGGUUUGAACCUGUGUGUGAACAAAGACCAACCAAAAGAUAAACUUGACUUGCAUUUAUUGACAUAUGGGAUUAUGGUUGAAGUGGCUGAUUUUGCCAAAAAGUUGUGUCCAUCAAAAAACAUGACAAUUUGUGCAUUCAUUGAACACAACUUCAACAUUUGCCUGCAAAACCUAGAUGUAGCUGUUUCACAGCUGUUGUGUAGAGAAGUAGCAUGUAAGGAUGACGGACCUGCCUGGUUCAAUGAAGUUUUUGAUACUCAGCCAUUUUCUCACAGACAGCCUGACCAUGCAAGUAAAUCGAAUGAGGCUGCUGCCAUGCUGAUAAGUGAAAGGAAGGAAACAAUCAAAAAAAGGCAACUGGCACUUAAAACUAAAAAGGAACAAGCCACACUACCAAGUCAUAGAACAAGUGGAGUAAGCUCAAAGACAAAAAAACAAAAUAAAGGGAAUCUUUUUCCGAUUUGCGCGGAGAUAGGUUUAGAUCUGGACUUGACAUCAAAAUCAGGUGAGAAAGAGAAACUGGACUUGAGCCUUUUGACGAGAGCUGUCGUCUUGGAGAUAUAUAAAUUUGCUUCAAAGAAAAUGGGACACUAUUUGCCACACACUGUGUUUGACAUCCUUGACUAUAACUUUGAUCUUAGCUCGCAACAUCAUAGGCACUGGGAAUUUUCUAUAGCCACUUCAUCUAAAGUCCAAAUCAUGGUGAAGCAACAUCAAAAAAAUCGAAACAGACCACACGAGGUCUUCAAGUUGCCAUUUGUAUUACCUCCCAAGAGACAAAAUAAGAACUCUAACAAGCGUUCUCAGGAAAAACAAGGCAAGAAAACGAACAAAGGCAGUCUUGCACAGAAGAGUCAACAUUCAGAUGUCAAUCCCGUCCAGUCUCCUAAUGAUGACAAAACUGAAAAGGGAGCUGAGGUCCAUGAAGAGGACACAAAGCUCCCAACAGAUCCUGGGUCAAUGAUGUCGGUGAGAGGAGGUCUAGUGAAUGCAGGCUGUGACAAGCCUCUCCAGGAAAACAUACAAAUUAAAGAGGAGGAGUACGAUCCACAUUAUAGCGAUAUGAAGCCAGAACCAGACACAGAGGAAAAAUAUCAUCCACAUGAUGAUAUUAUCAAAACAGAGUCAACCACUGAAGAUGUCAAGCAUGUAGUCACAGGUCAACCUACAGAACCCCUUGCUUCUACUCCAGUGAUGUUGUUUCCAAACCCUGUUGGGCUGCAAACAGGAUUGCAAAGUCAGAAUGUCCUAUAUCACAUCCUGACUGAACCAGGAUCUGCUGUAUAUCCAAGCACUGCAAGUAACAUAACUGGAUUGAACACAGGGGGUGUUAAGUAUUUGAUCCCAGUUCAAGCGGUGACAUACCCAACGAUAACUACAGUUCAGCUGGUCAAAAAAGAGCAAGAACAUGUGCCCGCUGACUCGCACCAGAGUGGAGCUCACUGUUAAAAGUCUUUUCAAGAAAUGGAGGCCCACAAACAUGGAUAGAUCUGACAAAAAUCUUUCCGUGCAAAGGGCUGUCAAUAUUUUGCUUUAAGGUUUUGUUCUAAAAAGGACACAGUGGAAUUUCUCAAGCUGUUUUUUUUAUAUUUCUUUUUCUUUGUUAGCUCUUGUAUGUUUCAUGUUUGUAAGAAUUUGUAUGAAAAAUCUAAAAAGGUUU